AGUACUGGUUCCCAGUCUGAGCACACAGCACAGGCUCCCAGUCUGAGCACACAGGGCAGGCUCCCAGUCCGAGUACUGGUUCCCAGUCUGAGCACACAGGGCAGGCUCCCAGUCUGAGCACACAGGGCAGGCUCCCAGUCUGAGUACUUCUUCCCAGUCGGAUCACUGGUCCACACAGGGUGAUCACCAUGGCGGAGCACAGAGCAGAGUCCCUGUACCUCAGUGUUGGGAUUCUGGCUGUCAGUGCAGGAAGUUUACUUUUGGCCACACAUCACUACAGCUCAGCCACAGCUGCACCCAUCAUCCCCCCCUCAGCCCUGGGCGUCCUGCUUCUGAUCCUCGCCGCCAUCUUGGCGUAUGCAGGGGUGCGGAAGAUUCGGGGGAAUGUGUCACUGUGGGUCUCCUUCUAUUGGACGGUGUCAGCCAUGUGGUGCUCCACUGGAAUCAACCUUCUACUGGAAGGAAAUGGCGUCCUUGCUGUCCUGGACAUGAAGUACGCCAUGGUUCCGGGGGUCGUAGCCUUCUUCUUGGGGCUGCUCAUGAUCGGUAUAGUGGGGAUCCUUCAGAAGGAAGCUGUCUUAGCUUUAAUGGCAGUCACCCUUUCUCUGUCUGGCAUUCAUGAAAUUGUUCUGUUCUAUGACCAGGUGGUGGGUUCCUCUGCUAUUGCAUGCAACUAUCUGAUUGUUACUUUACUUGGUCUGUACUUCAUUGGUGGAAGGUUCCUCUAUAGUUGCAGUAGAGGGCAGGUGAGUUUACCUGGCACAGAUCUCAGCAGUUUUAAGGACAAAGAACAAGGGUCAGCCAGGGGGUCAGGUAUCAUGCCACUCACAGCCAUGUCUCUGAUCCUCAAUAUGGUGGCCUCUAGUGUGUUUGCCUGCAGACUUCUGGGCAUUAUUGAUCGGCUGUUUGUGGGUCAGGUGGCAUGGCUUUGGAUGGCAGCGGUUUAUCAGACCGGUAUCUGCAUUCUAUCAUAUCGCUCAUAUUGCACACUGGACGCCACACACUUUGCAUUCUUCUCCAUCCUGAGAUACGCAGAAGGGUUCUCGUUGCUGUAUCAGAUCCUAAACACGAGUGAGUUCAGUUACCCUCUGCCACUGUCCGUGGUGUUCGCCAUUCUAUUUUCCGUCCUUGCCCUCUUUACAUCCAUUCAAAGUCUGGCCCAGUCGGCCUAUUUACUUUUUUAUGUUGCCUAUUGCAUUGCGCUGGCCUGUAAUCCACAUGGAUUCUUCCAUGGAGGGUCCCAAGGCGUCAAUGUUGCCAUAUACAUCGUAUCGGCAGUGAUGUUGCUGAUCUGCUUAUACAAUUCUAAAUCCCCCACAAAGAUCCCCACCGGGGAAGGCGCCAUUAAGAAGCUGUUUACCAGCAAUACAUAUUUCAAGCUUCGUCAGCAUAAAGACAUCCAUGAACCCUUCCUGGGUCAUUCCAAGUAUGGCGACGCUGAUGCUCUGGCCUAUGCGUCCAGUAUUUUGGCAGUUUUUGCCAUGACGAUGCCGGGCAAUCCUGAUGACCCUUUGGUCACGGUGGUCUUGCCUUGGGUGGUAGUUGCAGGAGGGAUUUAUAAUCUGAUAUGUGGAGCGGUUGCCUUUUCCCGUGGUAAGACACUUGAAAGCAGCGCCUUCAUGCUCUAUGGGGUCAUGUGGGUUAUUUGGGGAAUCUCCAGAUAUAGUGGAAUCUACAUCACCAGCAGAGGCUUUAACACAGCAGUCGGCAUUAUAUGUUUUAUGCUUUUUAACACUUUCAUUGUUUUCAGCACUUUCUUCCUCUCUAAGGCUUGGUUCAUCUACUCCCUCUCUUUCCAACUAAUCCUCAUCAGCUUCCUCCUCGAUUCCGUCAACGCUCUCCCAAUGGGCUAUGACAUCGCUGUCACCAUUAUCUUUGGUCUUGUUGGCUUUUACUGCUUUCUUGCUACACUCUUCAACAGCACCAUGGAGGCUCCCCAAAUACCAGUUGGCACCCCAUUUAUUAAGAUUAGUGGCUUUUCCAAUGAGAGAUCGAAAUGUCCCCACCUGGUGGCCUCGAGGACCAGCUCUGUGAGACAAAUAGCAGAAAUCAUGAAAAAUGGAGGGAUUUGUGGCAUUCCAACUGACACUGUCUAUGUCCUGGUAGCAGCUUGUAAUCAGCCGGAAGCAGUGGAACGAGCAUACAAGACAAAACGCCAGGCUCAGGACCGGCCCAUGUCCUUGUGGAUCUCCAGCCUGGAGCAGUUAAAACCCGCCAAGCAUUUGUUCAGUCCUUUGUUAUGGGACUUCAUGGAGGCCGCUUGGCCCUCAUCCAUCAGCCUGGUGAUCCCAAGAGGGCCGUGGUUGGAUGUCCUGGGUGCUAAGGACUCUUCAACAUACAUCGGGACCCCUCAGAGCAUCGCCAUCAGAAUCCCGGACUGCUCAGUCACUACGCACUUAAUUGACAUGGUUGGCCCAAUUGCAGUGACUUCAGCCAAUCCGUCGGGUGAAGCGGACACGACGCACCACAACCAAGUCUACGCCAAGUUAGGGGAAAAGGUGGAUGGAGUCUUGUGUGAUGGAGCGUCCCCUGAGAACAUUGCGUCCACUGUGGUCAACUGCACGAAACUGGAAUCUGGGGACAUCGCAUUCUUCAGAGUCGGCAUCGUCCCCAAGUCUCAGGUUCUGCAGAUAUUGAGCCGAGUCCAGGAGAACCACAAGAAGGGUCAUGUCAACGGCGGCUUCAGUCAUUCACAAGAAGAUCUCACAGGACGGUCAAUGGAGCCCAACGGGAACCCAGGACAGGAGACGGGCCGCCCAGGCGGCGGAUCGCAGUCACAUGAUAAUAACGGCUUUAUCAUGGAGGAAAAAUGA